AUGGAGGGAAUGCUCAACUACUUUGUGCCUGAAGACGGAGACACGUCUGACCAUUUGAACGUUGUACCAUUACCACGUGUUGAACAGCUACGCCUCUUACAUGUCAAGAAGAGCUUUCCGUUGCCUGGAGACUUCCACUUUCGUUUUAAAACAGCGUUUGAGGGGACUUACGUAUGGCUUGAUGUGGUGAACGACGCAGACCCCGUACCAGACUUUAAUGGCCUCGUCAUCUCGAAGAUUUCCAGAGUGCAGCGCGAAAGUUUGAUCCGUAAACCUGAGCGCACAGAAACUUCUGAGGCUCAACGUGAGGCGACCGAUUUAAUCGAGACGUCCGAAGCUCCCUCUUCUCCAACCAAGCGUGAGGACCCCAAACCUGUACAAAAGGCUUUCAAUAACGAUCUAGUUGGACUGAUGACGGACCCGGUGCCAUCAUCACUUCCUCAGACUCCAUCAGCCCCUUCGCCAACUCCACCGAAUACAAACUCUGCUCCGCCUCAAACUGCGCGUGAUCCCUUCGAUGUCUUUGCUGGUAAUCAUGCCACCCCCAUGAGGCCUGCACCUAUCUCAGCCAACAUGGCAGCUACAAGUGUACCCCGAGGCUUAUCGCCAACUACCAUGGGAAAUCACGGUGGAGCUUACGGUGGUCAGGUAGGCUUUAAUCCUAUGGGCUCUGGCAGUCCCUCGCCGAUGGCACCUCGAGGUCCCAGUGGAAUGAACAUCAGUCAGAUGCACAUGGGCAUAUGGCAAGGCAUGGGGCAGCAACCUCAGCAGCGAAAUCCAAAUCAAAGCACACAUACUGAAUGCACUCAAUGA